AUGCCUCCGCCCCCAGGCACUUGCUCCUCUACCAAUCUCACACCAGACUCCAAGAUCAAGAAGACCAAGAGCAGAAAUGGCUGCACUCGCUGCAAGAUAAAGAGACUCAAGUGUGAUGAAACCGCUCCGGGCUGCUUGCAGUGCAAGAAGAGGAACGUUGCCUGCCCUGGCUAUGAGAAGACGCUCAAAUGGUCCACCAAGUACGAGGUCUUCCAGCCUCCUCAACUUGCCAAACCGCCAUCCAAGGCCCUUCCAACCAAGAUGAAGGACCGAAAAACACCCCCCGACGUGGACCGUCAUUUCCAGGCUCUGGCUGCUGUCCUCCCUGCUGACACCAAGGCUCGAGAGCAGAACCAAAAGCCCUCUUCCCUUCCAUCACUUUCACUUCCCGACGUUCUUACCUCCUCGGAAGAGUCAUCGCCUGAACCAAGCGAUCUUUCCCCUGCCGGGUUACAGGUACUCGCGGAACCUCUACUGUUUGAGGACAAUGCCUCCUUGGACUCCAUCACAUUCGAUGCUCUCAAUAGCGGCGUGGGCAUGUCGAUGAGUAAUUGGAGUUUUGAUGAUCUGGAUGGCUUCAAUGUCGACCCGGGUCCAAUUGAUUCCAUCGACUUGGACUGCGAGGAGCUCUAUGGCGCCAAUGAUACCACGAAUGAUAACACAAAUGCCAAUACUCUUUCUAGUAGCCCUAGGCUGUCCAGAUCUCUUCUUCUUGACUUCUAUCGUCUUCCAAGCCCUUCUCCUUCCGCUACGGCUGUGGACGAUGUUGAAUCGGUCCUCAUUCAACAUUAUUUCAAUCACGUUUGCGUUCUUUUCUCUUCCUUUGAUUCGGCUCUGAAUCCUUUCCGGACUGCCAUUGGCCGUGUGUACCAAGACACUCCUUCUAUAUACUUUGCUAUUCAAUCCAUGUCGGCCGCACACUUGGCCAAUACAUUCCCUAACAUGGCCGCCGUCGGCUUGGAUAUGCAGCAAAAGGCUUGCGAUGCCCUACAUCAGGAGCUUGCAAGUGUAUCAGGCGGUCAGGCCAAUUGCACCAAAACAUUGCUUACCAUCAUGCUCCUUGGUCUCACUACCAGUUGGCACGAGGUGGACAACCUCGGCGAGGACUUCUUGACUACUGCUCGCAGCCUGAUCUUCCCCAAGCUGAUUUGCAACUCAGAUACCGAGAAACAGCAGCGGGACAUUCAGUUCUUCGAAGAAUGUCUCAUUUAUUGGGAAAUGCUCAUGGGUUUCAUGAGCAAGAACUCAAUGACCUGCGCUCCUACCGGAUUGCGCUCGCGAGGAAAUGCUAGGAAAGCGCCUGCUGCGAAACCUGAUGGCAAGAUCGUUCCCCACCCCUGGACUGGGAUAGCGCCUACGGUUCAUAUUCUCUUCGCCGAAGUAGCUAGGCUUGUUCGACGGGAAUGCGCUUUGGACAAGAAGAACUGUGUAAACGACAUCCGUCGCCGCCAGGAAAACUUGCUUGAUGCCUCGACACUCGAGGAAGACCUUCUUGCUGCAGAGUAUCCUUCAGUGGACGAGCUCGCUGAUCUUGGAGAUGAACAAACAUCAAAACAAGACUUUGUUACCAUGGCUGAGGCCUAUAGGUGCGCAGGUCUCUUGGAGUUGUACCGUGUCUUCCCAUCCAUUCUCCGCAAGCGUCUCGGUGCCUCAUGGAACAGCAACGUUAGCUUCAAGUUCCCAUCGCCUCGUUUUGAGACUCGAUACGAGGAGACUGAUGUCAAGUCAUGGUUGAACUCUCUCGCCAUGCGUGUUCUCGACUUGAUAGACUCCAUCUCAAUCUCUUCUGGUACAAUAUGUACCCAGCAGAUUGUAAUUGUGACUGCUGCUUCGCAACUUCAACGUUUCAUGUCAAUCGACUAUUUUGAUCCACAAACCAACCACCAAAGUAUACCCGAGUACAGAAAUUUGGCCAUCAAUCGCCUCCAAGCGCAUGCUUCACGUCUACCCGCCAAACCCAUCCGAAAACAGAUCGAACUUCUCAUUGACACAUGGAACCGGUUAGAUAAUCCCGACAUGUUGAUGGGCGACAAUGGAUGGCAGGGUCUUGUCAUCUAA